ACACACACACACACACACACACACACACACACACACACACACACACACACACACACACACACACACACACACACACACACAGUCUCCCGGUAAUUGGGGGUUAGUCACACAAAAGACGUUGGAUCCUGGUUAUAGAUUGGGGUUAGUCUGGUUCGACCUGCCCUGCCCUGGUUACAGAGGUGACAGAGACUGAGCUGAAAGAUGAUGCAUGAUCUGUUCAAGCCCUGCGCUCUAUCUGGCAGUAUCACAGACUGACAAUAAAAUAAGGAAGAUGGCUAGAUGGUUUGUCUAAUUCCAUUAUUUGGAUGCAAUUACGCAAUUAUUAAAUUCUUAUAAUCGAUGAUUCGUAUCGUGUCAUCAUCAAUGUCUUUCUGACUAACAGGUCACAGGUCAUAGGUACCCCCCGCCCCCCCCCAGUUGACCCCAUAAGCUUGGGGUCAGCCCCUCUCUUCCCCAGCCGGAGACACUGUGGAUUCAAGCAUCCAAGGGUUAAACGUGUUUGAGCGAUCCAUAAUUCAGAGGGCCGGCUGAUGUCACCUGGCGGCUAUAAACCCUGCGGCGCCCCGCCUGCUCUCAGAACCCUUCGCCGAGCAUCGCCUGGACCUCACCCGCUACCACCCUCCGCCACCUCGCCGACACUCCGGGAACCAUGACCAGCGCCUGCAUGCUUCUCCUGGCCGCCGGCUGCUGCUGGGCCUCCCUGCUGGGGGCCCGCGGGGACGAGGCCUCCUUCGAGACCCGCGCCCUGGACUACCCCUCCAAGACCCAGGAGGAGAAGGAGCUGAUUGAAGCUUUGCAAGAGGUUCUGGAGAAACUCCGCAGCAAAGAGAUGCCUUCAGAGAAGAAGCUGGGCUGGCUCCCUUCGUGUGCCGCUGGGGAGCCAUGCGCCGUGCGUAAAGGUGCUCGAAUCGGCACGCUGUGCGGGUGCUCGCGGGGGACCGCAUGCAACUUCUACGUCCUCAAGUGUUUGUGAAAGAAGAAAUUAAAAAUAAAUUAAAAAAAAAACACCAGGAAGCGUCUGAAAAACGAAUUUCUAUGAAAUAGUUUGCCUUUAAGUGCUUUAUGUGAUCUUGUUUAUUUUGGAAAAAAAAAUUUAAAAAAAAAAGUGCGUAUGUGUAAUAACGUGAUUAAUAAACGAUAUGAUCCAUUUUUUCUAAACUUAUGCCUGGGAAUAAUUGUUUGAAUGCCUAGAUAGAAUAAUUUUUUUUAAUAGUUAAUAUGGCCCAUCUGACAUAUCGAACAUUAAUGUAUUCCAAUAACGUGGACGUUACAUUUUAUUACAUUUAACAAAAUAAUCAUGCAAUCGACCAUUGUUAAAUGUAGGCUCAGUGAUACUCCCUAUAACACUAGGGGUAAAACGGAACUGU